AUGGACGAGGAAGAAUUACUGCUAGAAACAUCGAGUACAUUUGAUGUUAGUAACUUAAGUGAACUGGACGAAUCGGCAAUUUUGGGUGAUGACGACAUACAAGAGGAAGGAAGCAUAAAAGACGAAAUUGUAGAACAUCAUGAAGAAGCCGAGGAACUUGAUUAUGACGAAGAUUUGGAAGCUGAAAAAGCACCACGUUCAUCGAAGUUUACUUCUGAGCGGGCACUGAUGCAAAGGCGAUCUUUACUGAAUGAAGUGUCGUCUAAAAGGGAAGAUCAAAAUCGGAAUGUCCCAGCAAACAACAUUUCAGCCGGCAAAUUGGUUGAACCAGUAGAUUUGGAGGAAAAUUCAUCCCCAGCAUCUCAAAUGCGACCGAUGAAUAGUAUAAUAAAAAGCACAAGUCGCGCACCAAAAGUUUUUAUCAAUCCUCAUCAUCGAGGCGUUAUUAGACCACAAGGAUCAAUAUCACACACCUUGUCACUGCCAUGGGAAGCGGCAGUCAGAGUUCCUAGUAUGCCAGGCUUACGACAUCCAAUGGCCCUUCCGCUACCGAAUAGCGUCGCAAUAUUACCACAAUUAUCACAUUCUGUUCCUUUUUCUAUUGUUCCAUCAUCAUCCGCAGAUUUCUCGCGUCCACCACCACAAAUAUUACCACUUCCCAACUAUUCAACACCGCCUCCAUCUGUUUAUCCUAAUCAGUUUAUGGCAGAGUCUCAUCUGAUCCCAUCCGUUGGACAGUGGGAUCAAAUGGUAGAAGGUUUUUUACGUCGUACAACAGCUCGUAGCAGAUCUCGCUUCUCACGUUCACCACGUUCUUCCUCUUCUUCACGUUCAAGAUCGCGUUCAUAUUCAUCGCAUUCCUCAAGUUCUACCAUAUCUUCGCGUUCCUCAUCGCGUUCACCUUAUCGCCGAGUUCAUGCACGCAGCCGCCGUUCAUCUUCACGUCGUCCGUCUAAUUAUCGUUCAAAGAAUGAAAUGAUACGUCGACGUCCUGGACAUCAUUUGAGAUCUGGUGAUAGUCGGAGAGAAUCAGUGCAUCAUUCUGAUCGUACCAGAAGUCGCGCAAAUGAUGUAGCGAAGCAGGAAAAGACUAUUGAGUGUGCGAAAGCGAUUGGUUUAGAUAGUGAGUAUUUGACAAAGCUGGAGGAGCAGAAAAAAAUGAGAGAGGUGAUUUUACGAAAAAAAGAAGAACGACGUAUUCAAACCGUCCAACGCCUUGGAGGACCAAUUUCUAUAUCCGAUCAAAAAUCGGUUCGACAGUUGAAUCGUGCUGAUAGUUUCGGUGAACGACGAAUUCAGCGGAGCCGAAGAACAGAUGAAGAGCAUUUCAGCAGGCGGAAAUUUGACAGUAGGACAAGAAAAACUAGUGGAAUUCGCAACGGCAGACAGGAUCCUGUUAGUGGCACAAGCAAUGAAGUUUCACAGGAAAUCGUUAAUAGUGGUCGACUAAAAGCAUUAGUUUCUGCAGAAAAAGCUAUUACUAACAGUAGUGUCAUGCAAAAGAUGGAACCUACAGCAGUAAGAAAUGAUUCCACUACGGAACAAAUCGCAACAGGAGCUACUGCUGCUGCAACAGCUACAGUUACAUCAAUUCGACGUGCAAAACGAGAAAACGAACAGAAUCUGGAACGAUCACGAAAGAAAAAGGCAUAUUUGGCUGUUAUUGUUAACUCAUCGAAUCAGGCUCCAAUCAAUGUGGACAGAAUUAAGAUCAUUGCUGAAACUGUUGGGCCCACUAAGAAAGUGUGGCGAUCUUCGGAGAAUACGAUAUCGCUUAUUUUUGAAGAACAUGAGAGCGCGAAAAAAUUCAUGUUUCAUUAUCACAAUCGAGUAAUCCAUGGUGUACAACUUGCUAUAACGCUGCAGAAACUGUUCGCUAAUUUGACGGAACUUCCAUGA